AAGAGAGCAGUACACCUAACCCAUUCUUCUCCUGGUUCAACCAGUCCUGACUCUACGCGGUUCCAGGAUGGCAACCUUUGAUGCUCUUGAGAGACUUCAAAAAUUUGAUUGGCUCAUUCAGAAGCUUCAUUCUUUAAGGAGCAGCUUGCAGACGGAGCAAGGAUUGCAGGAGCUGCAAAAACUUCAUGCUCUUCAACUUUUGCAAAAAUCAGAAUUUCAGUUCAAUGCUUCCUCUGUGAGUGAGUCGGAUGAGGAUAAGAUGGAGUUGUGUAAGAACGAAGAGGAGGAAGAGGAGGAGGAGGACGAGGAGAAUGAGGAGUUAGAUGAGGAGGACGAGGAGAUUAUGGAUGAGGAGUAUGAGAAAGAAGAAGAACAAACCUUACCUUUAGCACUUACAACUUCAGCUUCUUUGUCGUUCAAUCCCGUUUCUCCAAUACAAUCCCAACCCUCGGACCAGAGAGCUAAUCAUAGUUCGGAGCAAGCUCUUGCCAAACCAACCCGAGACAAUGAACCCAGAAAUAAUUUUCCUCCGGUUCGUUUUCCAACAGGACUUUUUCCACCACUUCCGUUUGACGGGAUGUUUCCUCUACUCGGUGAGGACCCGGAGCUCAAGCAUCAGUCUCCUGGUAGACCUGGAGCUCAUCUGGAACCUAGAGACUGGAACCAGGAUCAAGGCUUAGGCAGGAUAGGUACCCUGAGAAAGGAUGAGGGAUCUAGAGAAGACCCGGAGAAGAAUGAAAGUGUUGAACCUGAGUUUCCAUCCUGGUUUCAUCCGCCCCUAUCUCUACCCACAGUUCCUAAACUGGAAUAUCUUGAAGGAACAGAGACAGAGAGCCAAGGGAGCAGUAGUCUCACUACUCAUCAUCAUAACGGAGAUGGUUUACAUUCUCCUCUUCUUUCUCCAUCCUUCGGAGCUGGACUGGGUUCUAUGUUUGAACCUGGAGCCGGAUCCCUGGAUCCACGACAAAUUAUACAUUUUCUAACCCGGAAGUAUUUGAUGACAAAGACUGCUAUGCAGUUGGGAAGAGAAGGAAUAGGGAGACCUGAAGUUAAACCUCAUCAGUGUCAACAGUGUCUCAAAUCCUUCUCCAGUAACCAUCAGUUGGUUCAACAUAUCAGAGUACAUACUGGAGAGAAACCGUACAAAUGUUCGUACUGCGACCGAAGGUUUAAACAGCUGUCUCAUGUACAACAACAUACUAGGUUACACACAGGGGAGCGACCAUACAAAUGUCAUAUUCCUGAGUGCGGACGAGCGUUUAUCCAGCUCUCCAACCUACAGCAGCAUCUCAGAAACCACGAGAGUCAGAUAGAACGCCUCAAGAACAGACCGUUUCACUGUAACAUCUGUGGAAAAGGAUUCGCCACAGAAAGUAGUUUGAGAACACACACCGGCAAGAACUGUACUGCGAUUAAGGUGACGUCUCUCUCUCCUUCUUCUCUCAAUUACUCUCCCCAGGCAUUGGUUGGUGGACCUAAUCCUAGCUGCUGUCCUAUCUGCAACAAACUAUGUAUGAGUGGAGAGCUAUUAAUGGAGCACAUGAAGUUUGUACACAAGGAUCCUAAUGCAUCCGGAGUUCCAGCAAAGAGACGAAGCGCAAACCAUCCCUGCCCGGUGUGCGGAAAGUUCUACGUCAACGAAGGAAGUUUGAGAAAACAUUUGGCCUGUCACCCUGAGAUGACCAGCCAGCUGGCUUCAAGUCUCAGAAUGUGGCCGUGCACAGUAUGUACAGCGGUAUUCACACACGAGAACGGUUUGCUUGCUCACAUGGAUCAGAUGAGGAUGGAUCCAAAACAUCAAUUUGCUGCUCAGUACGUCCUGCAAAGAGCAGCUUCAGAGAGAAGAGAGCGUGAAGCUCUCCUCGCAGCUGCUAUGUCCGCUGGAAUGAGUGCUUGGGGAAUGGGAGGUAUGGGAGGAAUGGGAGGAAUGGGUGGUAUGGGCGGGAUGGGAAUGACAGGAAGUCCCAUCCACUCCGACGCAUCUACAAGGAUCUCAACUCCACAGGAGUUAAAGAUGGAGAAUGCUCCAUCGUUGAGAUCUCCAAUUGGCCAUCAUCAAUCUAACAUGGAGUACGGACUCUCUAGGAUGUCUUUCUCAGGCUUUCACAGUAUGCCAAAUCAUUCUAGCGUAAUCGGAGACAGCGCUGUUCGUGGGCAGCAUGGGCAGGACGGAUCCCAGAGCAGAGACGCGCUCAGGGUUAACAGCGGAGAGGGGGAUAUGGGGAGUAUGGUUGGGAACCAUAUGAUCAGCCCAGGCCAGGAGCACAUUAGGGCUCAUCAGGAGGAGCUCAGACAUCAGGAGAAUAGAACGGAUGGCGGGAACGGAGAGCAGAGACACAACACCAACUCACCAACUAACAACAACAACACAAACAACAACAACAACCUGGACCCUAACAACGCGGCCUACCUGGCGCUCAGGAAUCAUCCUGAGACGACGAUCCGACCGGUCAACGAGAUGCGAUCUCCGGGGGAACAAACUGAUGAGUCAUCGCGCAACCUAGAGGAAAAUAUUUUCAAACAGAGUAUGGGAGGAGGAGAAGGAUUUAACAACCAUCCUCAGCAACAGCAGCAGGAAACAAAAUAUUCUGCUCAGCAAGGUUUCCAGGGCGUCCAACCCUCUCACACUCCUCCUGCAUCUUCAUACCAUUCUGGAGCUGACUUUCUCAACAGAUACAAGCUAGAGCAGACUAUCCGACAGCUCCAUGGGAUACAUUCAGCGGAUCCUAGAUCAUCCUUCGGAACAUCUUUCUCCGGGGUCUAGGUUCAACGUAUCUCCGGUGCCGGUAACUACUGAACAGGAACUAUUGUUAGUCAUGAGAAGAUUAUAGAAACAAGUUGAACCUUCAACUUCUCUUUUAAAAUGCGAUCUCAAAAAUUAUAAAUUAUAGAUAAAUUUCUUUUUGAAAUUGUACAUUGUACAUAUAACAAUGUAGAAAACAAAUGGUUCGGUUGUAAACACUGUUGGAACUCACAGUGACAGGAUAAACAUUGAUGUGUUCAUAUUAAAACUAUUUCAUACUUAGCAUAAUAAUAAUCACAAAUUGUUCACAUGUAAAAAAAUGUGCCCCAAACUCAAACCUGGUUCUUAUAAUCAGCAACCUAAUCAAUACAAUGUUAAAAACAUUUAAGUCAGAGUUUAUGUCCCAAGAGGACCUAAAAAUUGCAUUUUCUACAAAAUCCUUCCCGUUCUUGCCAGGCAAAUCAGAUUGCUCUGGCUAGUUAUAGAGGUGGACAAUAAUCCGGAGCUGGAACUUUUUGAACGGACGGAAUGAGUUAAACUUAUUCUGUUCAUUUAAAAGUCUUCAUCUUUGGUCUAUUUGAUUUUUUAACUUUUAAAAUCGUCUUCCUUGAUUCCAGCGCAUCGCAUGAUAAUUUAUUAUUUAUAAAUCUAAAAUUGAUAAUCAUGAAAACAGUCAAAUACUAUAAUAUACUCUUUUAUGUUUUUAAAGUUUUUGGAAACGGGCAUUUCUAGCUCAGCAAUACUCUGAAAUCUUAACAAAUUUCUGUACACAAUUGUGUUCAAAACUAUCACAGAUUCCACAGAUGGGACAAGAGAGCUGUUGUUUUAAUAUUGGAUCUUUUUUCAUGAAAACCUUGUAGCAAAUCUUUACACCCCCUCCCCCCUCCGACCGCGCAUAUUGUGCGGUUCAUUGGGUCCUAUAGGGUGUUGAUAUCAUACAUAGUUAUUCAAUGACAAAAUGAGAAUAAAAAAUAGGUUGGACCACUGUUUUGUUUAAAUGUAAAAAAAAUUCUAGAACAACUGUUUCUCUUGUCUCAUCUGUCUAAUCAGUGAAAACAAUGUUCAAAGUUAUCAAAAAAGUGAAUAAUUAGUUUUUUCUCUCGUAAAUCGAUAAUUUAGAUUGUAAUUUAAAAUGUGAAAGAUACGUUUUUCGACUGAAUACUCUUUAUGUACUGUACAUAUAUUUAACAUGUUAAUUAAUACUACUUAUUUUCCUUAAAAAUACUCAAAGUUUAGAAUAAAAAUAAGAUUGUACGGUCUCUAAACAACUUAUUCUUGUUAAUGGUAAAAGAUCCUAGAUGAAAUUGAAGAAAUGCACGAAUUGAUUCCUAAUAACAGAUUAGCUGUUUUCCAAUCUGUGGCCAAAGUAAUAAAAAAACUGGAUUAAAAAGUUUACGUUUCGUCUCUUCAAUGCAGUGUACAUAUUUAAACAAAUUUACAGUUGUACAAUGUACAUGUUUCCUUAGCCCUUUUUUUGUUAGUUAGAAAAUGUACUUAUACGCAUCGAAUGCGUCUUUAUGUAAACACAUAAAUGAAGUCUUCAAAAAGUACCCAUUUAAUGUGUCUUUUACUAUCUUAUUCGCAUAAAAAUACGUUUUUUAUCGCUUUCGAUGCGACUCCUUCGACGCUUUUUUUGCGUACUGUUAUGAUUAAUUCUAGUUCUAGUAGUACUAUUCAACUGCAUGUUAAAUUAAAUCGAUGUUGCUUUCUUUCAAAUGUUUUUUUUUGAGCUGAGACACCAACCACUGUUCCUGAACAGUCACUUUAAUACUUGUUUUUUUUUUGGCUCUUUUCGACUGUAACGUUGAACACUAAAGUUGCUGUAUAUGUAUGUGUAAAAAAUAAAUCAAUAAUAAAAAUAUCUUUUUAAGUGAA